UAUUCGUACACAAGACCCAGUCAGUUCAAGUACGUGCUGCGGGUAAUCUUACGCGCGCUACGUCUUACUCUGUCACAUUCGGGGAGAAUUUUGCGUUCCAAAUCGUACAUGGGGAAGUGUAUCUAGCUCCUACGUGUGACAAUCUGUGUCUGGAUUAAAGUGCCUUGUAUAACUCUCUUACAAUAUAAUUUGUGUUGAAAAUGAUCCUGUCCAAUUUGGCCGUUUGUGUGCUUGCGCUGAUAACUUUCGAUGUUAGCGAGGCACAAAGAAAAAUCAGCAGAAAUGUCCAGGUGGGCGCUGACGUAAAAACCGGCGUAAAUUUCGACUGCCCCGAAGAAUUCGGCUACUACCCCCACCCCACUGACUGCACCCAGUACUACGUAUGCGUGUUCGGCGGCGCCCUGCUCGAAUCCUGCACCGGAGGGUUGAUGUACAGCCACGAGCUCCAGACCUGCGACUGGCCCAGGAACGUCGGCUGCGAUGGUCUCGAGAUUUCCGGUCCACCUUCCGCUCUGGUGUCGCCCGGACCGACGAGCAGGAGCAGGGAACGCGAAAGAGAUAGGGAGGAACAACCCAGGCAGAGGUACUCCCCUCAACCACCACCGCCACCGGCUCAACCUGCCGCUGUUGUCACUUCUAGAGGACAGCCAAGACAAUUGCACCACACUCAGCAAGAAAUCAUCAAGCAUCAGCAACAGUUGUACGCGGAUGCUGAAGAGCAGCUGCCACCUGCUGAAGAAAUCGAGAGUGACAGACAACAACGUGUGUACCGAGGACAGCCAUCGACUAUUGGGCAAGUACAGAGGGAUAGAGAUGGACUCAGGCAUACCAACGCUAUUCCUUCCUAUAGCGGGCGCGGUGAAAAAAUUGGAGUAAUCUCCUUUGGCACCCAACAACACUAUAGUGAAGAAAGUAGCAUUGCCCCACCCCACCCCUCUGUUUCGACCGCCACUGCCACCGCCAGAACUUUGUACAAUAGCAGCCAAUACAGCGGCAACCACUACGACCCCUAUUACGCACUUUACGAUGAAGACGUUGAAUUAUAUAGGGAUGUUGACUAUUCUCAUAACAAUGCUUACAACAACAACAAUAACAACAAUAACAACAACGAGCAAGCACAGAGAACCUCAUCGCCAACUUACAGAGGUACUCCAGCUCCAACUGUACAGUCAACUCCUGCCCACGAAGAAAUUCCCAAAAGAGGAAACACGGUUUACAUUCAAAACAACUACAACCCCGAUAUCUAUCAACAAUCUACUGUAUCUGACUACAACGAGGACAACUCCUACAACAACCAACAAGUGGAUGAUCAAUCAUCAUACAGACAAUCCAGCAGGCAACCAUCCAGUUCAAGUCUUAGGGGAGACAGGAAUGAGUUAAAUGAUGUUGAGGAAGCCACAACUAAAAGAAUUACUACUACUACUACCAGAAAACCUACUACAACUACAACAAGAACUACUACCACCACAAGAACUACCACUACUACAACGACGACCCAACGUACUAUUCCCCCUAAAAAGAGUACAGUCCCGGCAAGAACGCCUGUCACAACCAAUGAGAACCAAACACAAGCACAGUCAAUAAAUAAUACAAAACCGGAAGACCCGGGACACACCCCUCAAAGUUUACCCUUAAUCCGAAAUAAUCCUGAUAACAAAAUUCAAGGACUUGACUUAACUAAGACAUUGCCUGUUACUUACAGACCUAAAUAUAUUGACACAUUUUCUGAUACUUCUUUGCAUGAACCUCUUAGGGCUGUAGUUAAAAAACCUGCUCCAUUUUCUCUUCCUCAGCACUUAACAACUGAAAAACCUGCUUUUCAUUUUAUUACUAAGGCUCCUUUAUCUGAUAGUAUUAUUAAAACAACAGAAUUGGUGAAUGCGAGUGUGGCACGAAGACCUAUUGUUCCGACCACGUAUUCACCGCCCAAGUUUUUCCUCAAGUCUAUUUUGUCUAAGUCUAACAGUUCGCUCCCUGAUUCUGAAGUUUUUAGUUUUAACGCGAAAAUCGAGCGCCCAAAAGCUUUGAAAUCAGUGAGAAAGUUUAUAAACCCAAUAACUGUUAACCACGAAUUGUCAACUACUGGUUCCAGCUUCGAGUCUGCCGAGAAGCUGAUUUCGGGCCUUUCGGAUGAUAAUUCAGAAACCGAAUUAACGUUCAAACCGAGCGUCGAGCCUAGCACUGUAAGAUAUUUGGUAACCCCAAGUACCACGACCAGUACUAGCACCACCACGACUCCAAGAGUCACCACAACCGAAAAGCAAUACAAGAAAUCUCAGAUAACCGAUAAGUACAUCAGCGAAAAGUUGAGUUUAGAAAAAGAAAAGCUGCGACAUUACAUAGAACCCGACCACAGUAAUACAGCACCUAACCAAAAACGUUUCCGCACCACUGUAGAAAUUCCCCCUGCACAUGCCUUCGUAGAUUCUGAAGAUAAACAAAAACCAGAACCCGACCAACCACCAUCGUAUAAAAUCAAACCCUUCCCAAAACCGAUCGUACAAUCCGUGACUAAGACAGACAUACCCCAAAAUACAUCCACCCCAGCUCGAGUCUCCCGGGUAAAUGCCGCAAUUAAGUCUUUAAUUGCUAUUGGGGGAGCGCGGAGGCAAACUCCAAAAUGUAUCGAACCAAAAUGCAACGAGAAACAGAGAACCAGUCCAAGAGGACGUGGGUCUGCGCACUAUUCAGCUUCUGGAAACGUUGCCAAUAAUGAGGUUACUGUUAAUGUAAAUCGUGGAACACCAGCAUCUCGAUCCAGGCCAACAUUGAAACCAUCCACGUCCAUCGUUUCCAAAGCACAGGAGUUCGUGGACAUCUACAGAUACCCACCAAGGAGACCCGACCCAAUCUACCCACAACCACAACCCGACAAAACUGCCGCCAAGUGUCGCAAAGACGUUUGCUUGCUUCCUGACUGCAGCUGCGGUGGCAAAGAAAUACCCGGUGACCUCCCUGUUGAACAAGUACCCCAAUUAGUACUACUGACAUAUGACGAUUCAGUGAAUGACCUGAACAAAGGUUUGUACAGCGAUCUCUUCGAAAAAGGCAGAACAAAUCCCAAUGGAUGCCCUAUUGCUGCCACGUUCUACGUAUCCCAUGAAUGGACUGACUACAGCCAAGUCCAAAACCUAUAUUCUGAUGGUCAUGAAAUCGCUUCCCAUACCGUGUCUCACAGCUUUGGAGAACAAUUUUCUCAGAAGAAAUGGACACGUGAAGUAGCAGGUCAAAGAGAAAUUCUCGCAGCUUAUGGUGGAGUCAAACUCGAAGACGUCAGAGGAAUGAGAGCACCAUUCUUAUCUGUGGGAGGAAAUAAGAUGUUCAAGAUGUUGUACGACUCCAACUUCACCUACGACUCUUCCAUGCCCAUCUAUGAAAACAAACCACCAAGCUGGCCCUACACCUUGGACUACAAACUGUUCCACGACUGUAUGAUUCCACCUUGUCCAACCAGAUCUUACCCAGGAGUGUGGGAAGUACCCAUGGUGAUGUGGCAAGAUUUGAACGGCGGAAGGUGUUCCAUGGGUGACGCUUGCAGCAACCCACCAGAUGCUGACGGUGUAUUCAAGAUGUUGACCAAGAACUUCCAAAGACAUUACACUACCAACAGAGCUCCAUUUGGAUUGUUCUACCACGCCGCCUGGUUCACACAGCCCCACCACAAGGAAGGCUUCAUCCAAUUCAUCGACAGCAUCUUGCAAAUGAAAGACGUGUGGCUUGUAACCAACUGGCAAGCACUUCAGUGGGUGAGAGAUCCAACUCCCAUCAGCAGAUUGGGAUCCUUCCAGCCGUUCCAAUGUGACUUUUCCGACCGACCAAAGCGUUGCAACAACCCUAAAGUAUGUAAUUUAUGGCACAAAUCCGGUGUGAGAUACAUGAGGACAUGCCAGCCAUGCCCCGACAUCUACCCAUGGACUGGCAACACUGGAAUACGCAGUAGUAGAAUUGACAACGACAUUGAAGAUUAAUUCAUGAGCGAAAACUCGUGGUCGUUAAAAUUAAGUUAUUGUUAGGCCAUUGCAACAUUAUUUUCAAUGUUGUUUGUAAUUUAAGGUACCUAAGAUUAUGUAUUUAUGGAAAAAAAUUGAUUGGAUGUUGUCCAGAUGUCUUGCAACAUCGCCAGGGUGAUGCUGCUCAUAUCUGAUCAACAUCAUUGGAUGGCCUUAUAGUAAAUUGUAAAUAUUAUAACGGUAACUAAUUAUUAGCAAUUCUAUUAUCUUUAUACUGCCGAAUAAAUCUACUCUUUAAUAUAUGUAUGUAGUGGUUCCACAACUGCAACUUCAUUAGAAACGCUUACUGCAGUCUGUAGGAAAUACUUUCUUACCUACUAUAUUUAAACUACCUAAUUUAUUUGUAUAAUUUCAAAUUUGAUAUAUACGUUGUCGAAUUGUGAACCAGUGAUAAAUUAUAAUAAAGUAUUCUUAUA